UUGUAGUCUUGAGUGGCUUGUAAACGUCUCGCUCUUCGGGAAUGAUAGCACACUCAUAAAUGAAUAGCAAAUUUACCCCCUCAUUACCGUCGAUCGGAGUGGAAAAGACAGAGAAAAGCAAAGACUGCGCGUCCAGGGAUAAUUAAACGCGUUUAUGGCGAGUUUUGUGCGGCCAGAUGAAGCGCCAAAGCCUCAACCGCGUUUAUCGAAAUGGGAGAAAGCAGAUAUUCGAACUGAACGACGUUCCCGAGCGAGUAAACAUGAACUUAUGCGCGAAAAUAUUGCCGACAAACUUCGAUGUCCGCUUUGUUUCUGCCUUCCUUGUGUGGUUAUCGUCUUUAUCUUACUCAUACUCAUCGGAAUCUACGUUGUGCGGCCCUAUGUUCAAGGUAAAGUUUUUAGUUUGUCUCAAGUUUUGAGUUCAGCCUGCGGAACUGUUUGUCGUCUGACAGCUUGUCGAUUUCAGAAUCGUAAACAUUAUUGUAAUUUGCAAGGUAGGUAAGCAAGCUAUAAUGAAAGCCGUGUAAAUGUAAAUCUACCGAAGGGUCCUCACUUUUGUUUGCUACAGGAUUAGUGAAGUGGUUUCUUAAACAACUAGACUUUUUUUGGUAGUUUUUGCGUUACUUCACACGUGCACUUGAGUUAUUGCUAAAUCGUCGCUCAUUAACCUCUACGAAUGUUACAUAGAGAUCGGCUUUUGUGUUCACGGUUCACAUCUGUUGCAGGAAAAAAUAGUAUAGUUUGCAGGCACUGAUCCAAGCAGUUCUUGCAAUAAAUGAAUAGAAUAUUAUGUGUUUGGAAAGCGAAAUCUUUUGAGGACAUCAAUUUGAGAGGUUUCCAUGCUAUUCCCGAUUUCAGUGCGUUUGUUCCGCUAGACUGUACUUGUUGUACGCUAUAAUGAUCUCAGAAUUCUUUCAGUUCUGUUUACCGCUUCGACAUUAGUCUGUACUUGUACAAUGUCGUUUGUUACGGUAGUUUUAUGCCGUGAUCCCUUGAAGUUUCCUCAUGCGUUUGUCAUGUGCUUGUCACCUCUACGAUGUGGACGACAAUUCCUCUGUCGUCCGAGUCUUCUACAGCCUUGGGAAUAAAAAGACCUCGAUUGUGUAAGCUUUUCCGGCACUUGGCCGAUAUUAAAGCUUUGAAACCGCAUUAUUCUGCUAUCUGACAGAAUAAACAACAAAAUUAUUCAGCUGAACAAUACUAUCUCUACUAGUUUAAUAUCAUGAUAGUCUAGUCUAACAACUUAGGAACAUUUUCAAGUACUUGCUCCUUUGCGUAGGUAUUCAGCAUUUGUGUCGGUGUAUUGCAAAAGCCGUCAAAUUGACGCCUACUUAGUGAAUUUCAAUCUACACUGAGCCUCCCUCCUGUCCCAAAACAAUAUGAUAAUCGUAGAGAACCCGUUCUGGGGGUCCACUGUGUGCCUCUCCACCCCCUUGUCGUUUUUUUCGCUCCCUAGAGACCCUUUACUCCUUGGCGACCCAUUCUUGGUGAUCGAGUCAGAAAUGUUACUUUAAUUUUAUUCCUAAGGUUUUAACACAUCUCUGUUUCGACUCUCAAUCAGGCAGAGGAUUAGUUUCUACCGAUUGCGUGGUAACUCAUGUAGAGUUUUUUCAAGAGGGUUCCUGUAGUCACCGAACAGAGAAAUUCGGCCCCUGCGUCAAAAUUUUCGUAAGUAUUUGGUAUAUCGCAAGAUAGGAUAGUGUUUAUGAAUGUUUUUAUUGAAAACCAUUCAAGGGGCUGCAUUACUCUUACCAGCGGAACACAGAAGAGGGGAAUUUGAGAAAAUCGAUGUAAAAAUUUAGCGUUACGUAAUUUGCGUGACAAGCUGGUGAACGAGUGCUAUUUUUUAUUACUCUUUAAAAAUUCCCCUGAUACUCUAGUUAAAGGUGUAGGCGCUGCCCGUUGUCUUUGAUCAACGGCGAAGGCGAACUAGAUCCAUCACUUGAAAUCGAGGCAAGGUGAUAAAAUUCCAUCGAAAAAAAUUAAUUUUCACGGAAUUUGUUGGGCUUUUCUUGAGCUUCUUUGUUAGGCUCCUGAGAGAAAUGCUUCUUAAAAUAAUUCAGAUUACUUAUGAUGUGCCGCGAAUCUUUUCAGGUGAUGUACGAUGUUGGCCAAACAGCAAAGUUUGAAGCGAUUCUCAUGGAAAACGAGCAAGCUUUAGUUUACUGCGAAAAGGUUGUAGAACUUGCGUUUUCUUAAAGAACUUUGAGUGCAAAAAUUCCCUUGAUACUCUAAUUGAAGGUGUAGAGUUUUCAGAUUUCCAUAAUUGAUAAGAGAAAUGGUCUGAAAUCUACCUGUUGAAAGCUUCCAUUCUGGGCAUAGGGGACAAAAAUGCGCCCACGAAACAACACAGUAAGCGAAGAGAGUGUCGCCUGGUAAGGAGUUCUCUGGACGUUAUUCCUCUCCAGACCUCUCCCAGAUCCCUUCGUGGUUUCUUUCCUUCCUAUUUCACAAAGUCAAGCCUGUUGACUGCUUAUUCCAUGUCAAGCUAAGGGGGGAGGGAGGGGGUAGAUUUUACAUGGAGCCAUCGAAGCGCUCUCAGUAAAUACUUCCAUCUUACCGUAGUACAGCUAGUAAAGGACCAGAAGCAGAAGAUGUCAUCUGAUUGGUCGAGAAAGUGUUACAAUUUUUGUUUAACCAAUGAUAGAGCGUAGUGAGGCAAAACUAGAGCCCUCAUUAUUAGCGCUGCAGGGCCUGCAGGGGUCCAGUACUAAAUAUCAGUCCGUUGCUCAUGGUCUCAUAAUUUCGAAGAAUCACUCGUGCCGAAGCGCCAAUAACGAUCGCCUGAAAACCAGAGCAGCAAUCUUGGAUAUUUUGACACUUUUGUCCCCUUCCUUGGAUGAUAAUUGAACUUGAUGCUCCGUUCUUUUCCUUUACAGUGUUCUUUUACGUUUGGUAACAGUGACCUGUUCGGAAGGUACAGCUCAUGUGCUUGGAACUCUGAUUUAACCAUGGACGACUGUGUGCCAACAUACAUGGAGCUGUACGGAACGGUGAGAUAUGGUUAAAGGGUUUGAUAUUGUUUGAACUGGCAUUAACUUGAUUCGAUCGAUUCAGUAAAGAAGAAAUGCUCGCGCUAAUCUCUACCUGAUCAUAAAACGACCAUCACCAAUGAUGAUGGCAUCAAAUUUCAGUUUGGGUGUAUUGGACAACCCUCCAAUUUUCAUGUGAAAAAAAGUUGACAAUAGUCGAAGAAAGCUUUCCAAAAGAUAUUUCGAAUAUAGCCUCGAGCAGAGAAGCUAACUGUUCACCCUUAACCUUUACCUCUUUUUCCAAUUUUUUUGCUCUUCCUUGAAAUCUUGACCAGUCCUUGAAAAGUAACACUAAAAUUGUUUCUGUUUUUCAGGUUAACAAUACAUUUUCUUGCUACUAUGAUCCUAAAAAUACGGAGGACGUAGCGCGCAUACUCAAGGUAGGGUUUCACAGCCACCCUCUCCCCAAUCCUCUCCCUUGUAGGAGUAAUUGUGCUUUCAGGGGCACCAUCCGAUUCAGAGGUAGUAAACACAGCAAUAAUCUGUAAAACCUCUUCACUUUCUGAAAAAGUUUAAUCAAUUGCUGUGGGAAUUACUUAAAAAGAAUUUCGUUUCGAGCGCCAGACCUUUGUGGGAGUCUCGAAGAGGGGCCAUUGCUGGAAAUCGUUAUUUACUUGAAGAUAUUGAUUUUACUGUUUUAAUCACGUAACCAACUGUGUGAUCUCAUUCAGAUCUCAAGCGCAGAAGCAGUGUGCCUGAUUCUAUUUCCACUUCUGUUUUUGCUGCUAUGGCUUUUGGCUAUUGUCUUCCUCGUCUAUGACAAUCAUCUCCGAAGGUAACGCUCCUUUUACUCUCUAGUUUGUUUACGUUCGUGCUUAAAUCGUUAAAUUUUUUCUCAUGUCGUCGAAGUGUUCAUGGAAUGCCGAUUUUGUUGAGAAUAUCAAGGAGUUUGCCGACAUGGUACAAGUACGGUUCGCGCGCUGGAAUCCGAACCGAGAGGUCUAGGUUCUAGCCCUGGUCGCUUCCCAGAGCCUCUUUCCACCCACGAGUAUAACAGUUUGGGGGAAUACUUCUCCACUCGAGAUACGAAUCUUCCUGGGACCCCCUCAAGAGGGGGGGGGGGGGUACUUGACUUAAGGGAAGAAGGGUACCAUGACUAGGAGCCAAGUCGUCCCAAUUAUUACGUAGUAAUGUUGUUUCCUCUCUCCACUGUAUACAGUGUCGUUGAUGAGCAGAUCAUCCAAGAGAACGUAAAAGCCAACAAGUAUCCUAACAGGGGUGGGGUAAGAAAUGGAGGGACUCUGCCGUUAAGCAAGCAAAAUGGUGGUUUAGACUUGGAUACUUCAACAAUUGGAAGCGUGGAGUCGACUGCGGUCAGCGCCAACGCAACACCACGCACGCGCCGAAGGAGAAAGAAGAAAAUGCCAUGCGCGAGGCAGCAUUAUCAGUUCGACUACCUUGAUGAAGGGAUUUUACUAGAAGAUAAGCCCCUGUCAUAUUCAACCGACCACCCCUAUAGUUACAGCUUUGUGACUGUAGACACUUCGCCUGUGUGUACAUGCAAUCACAACGGUUUUCUAGAGGCAGGGUUUGAUCGAUUGCCACAAAGAGAUUUAUACACAAGUUUCACACCAGCAUUUGGUACACCAAACCGAAGCUACCCUUCGCGUUACUCUGGUCGGCCAAGUUGGAGUUUACCAGAGUCCUUUGUAUGAUCCAACACUCUCGUCUCCGGAAGAGUGCUCGUUAGCUUCUGGUUAUUCCCAUUGUUAGCUAGACUACGAGUAUUCCCUCCUCCCCGCUUGAUCCCUUGCGCGAUUGAUUAGCAACUAUCCUGGCGGUGCGUGGACCUUAAGAUCCAAAACAAACCAACCAAAAGAGCACAAGGAAAAAGACAAAGUUCGUUUAAUAUUUGUCCGAACCUGCAGUUUUAUUUCGAAAUCGAUCAUCCUAGUGAUACGUAGAAAUCGAUAACCGUAUAUGCAACGUUUGGGAUAACGAGACUGCUAGAAAGAUGGCUGCAAAACGGCGACACUAAUGAAGAUGUCGAAAGAGUUUAAAUGACAAACUAUCUAGAAUACGUUUGAAACGGAAAACCCAUCAUCUAUUUUGACUAAAUGAGGGUAUUUAAGUGAGAAAAAAC